AGCUGUCUGUGGUUUCAAUCUGUCAAAGUUAUUUUCAUUUUAUUCGUGCAUUUUAUUUAUAUUUUAAUUAGUGAUAUGUGAAAUCUGUAUAUUGUUGUCAUAAAUUGAGUAAAAUCAGACACAAUAAAAAAUAUGGGGACGACGGGUCAAUCGGUAACGUUGGCCAACAGUAUAAUAGGUGUGGGUAUUUUGGCAAUGCCUUUCUGUUUUCAACAAUGUGGAGUUCUUUUAGCAACAUUGAUAUUACUUUCAAUGGGUUUGGUGUCAAGACUAUGCUGUUACUUUCUAUUAAAAUCGGCACUUUUAGCAAGAAGAAGAAAUUUUGAAUUUCUAGCAUUUCAUGUAUUUGGAUCAGCUGGCAAGUUGGCAGUGGAGGUUGGCAUCAUUGGUUUCCUAAUGGGCACAUGUAUAGCCUACUUUGUAGUUGUUGGUGAUCUCGGGCCCCAGAUUAUCGCCAAACUUUUUAAUAUAAAUCAGAGUGAUAUAUUAAGGACAUCAAUAAUGGUGUUGGUAUCAUUGUUAUGUGUUUUGCCACUGGGGCUGUUGAGAAAUGUGGAUAGUUUGAGCAAUGUUAGUGCUGCCACAAUAGGGUUUUAUUUCUGUCUUGUUAUGAAGGUGAUAGCAGAAGCCGCGUCUCAAUUACUAUCUGGUGACUGGCACAUUCGUAUAGAGAUGUGGAAGCCGUCCGGAUUGUUGCAGUGCGUCCCUAUAUUCUCGAUGGCGCUCUUCUGUCAAACGCAACUAUUUGAAAUAUUCGAGUCCAUGCCUACACUGUCUUUGGAGAAAAUGAAUGUGGUUACAAAGAAUGCCAUCAAUAUUUGCACAGGUGUAUACUUCACGCUUGGUGUAUUUGGAUACAUCGCCUUCAAUUCUCAAGAGAUAUCUGGUAAUAUCCUAAUGAGCUUGAGCCCAACAAUGGCGAGCGAUGUGAUCAAACUCGGCUUCGUAAUGUCAGUGGCGUUCAGUUUCCCGCUUAUAAUAUUCCCUUGCAGAGCUAGCCUAUACUCGCUGCUUUAUAAAAAGGUGCAUAGCUCUCACCAUGACCACAUCAUCAACCACUCGAUCCCCGAGAGCUCGUUCCGAUGUAUCACCGUUGCAAUCAUCGCGGUGACGCUGUUUAUCAGUCUGCUCAUACCGAACAUCGAGCUGGUGCUCGGAUUAGUCGGCUCCACUAUAGGAGUUCUCAUAUGUUUGGUGUUCCCUGCUGCUUGCUUCGUUAAUGUCACAUUUAAGAAUACCAAUGAAAGGAUAUUAGCAAAAGCCAUCAUAGUCUUGGGUCUUAUUAUUUUAGUGCUUGGUACAUAUGCCAAUUUACAAGCUGCGGAAAGCCGUAUGGAUAAAUAUGACGACAAAUAUAUAACACAGGAGAAAAUAGAUAAAAUGGUUGAGGAUUUCUUUCAGAAAAUGGAUAAAUCUGAUGAUGUAAUAGCAAAACCUAUAGACAAUAAUGAUAUUCAAAAUGAUAAAAUUAAAUCAAACGAUAAUGAAAUCAAAGAAUCAGUUGUACAACCGCCUAAUCCAUUGCCACCCGAAUCACAUUCUAAUGAAAAACCUCAAAAUAACCUCGGUGCCGUAAAAGAAAUUCCAAAAUUUGAUGAAGUAUUACCGGAGAAUAAAGACUUUAUUGAUAGGGUUUCAGAAUCACACCCGAGGAAUUUGAAUAAAUUGAAUGGGGCUAAAAUACCUAGUGAUGAAAAUAAUAUUGAAAAAAGUGUUUUAGCAAAAGAAAAUUCAAAAGAGGAUAAAUUGAAAAUUAUUUCUAAUGAAGAAAAAAUAAAUUUGAUUAAACAACAACAAUUAAUAGAAACUAUCAAACAACAUGGAGAAGAGCAAAAGGAAUUAAUCAAAGAACAAAAAGAAAUUCUCAGUGAAAUUAAAAAAACGAAGGAAGAAUUACAGCAAAAUAAAAAUGAAGUUGAUAGUGUGGAAGCGAAGAAGAUAGCUGUUGAAAGCAUAAAAAAGAUUGCAAAUAUGGCAAUUCAAAGUAUAAGUGGAGCAUCUGAUAAGCCUAUUGAGGAAGCUAAAAAAUCAGAACAUAUAGAAAAAGUUGCUGAUGAAGCUGUGAAGGAGAUAGCUAAAAAAGCAGUUGAAACAAUAGAAGCUAUAAAAGAUACUGAAGGUAAACCAGAUCAAUCAAUUGUCAAAGCAAAUGUACAACCUGUUGUGUCCAAUGGGCAAAAUUUACAGUCAAAUGGUGUUAACUAUAUUCAGAAUAAUGUUAAUCAAAACGCUCAAUCCAAUAUUCAAAGGGUUGAAAAUGGAAACAAUAUUAUACCUGAUAAUCCAAUUGUUGAUAAAGUAGUAAACUCAAAUGUCCAAAAUAAUCCUGGACCUCCAAUAAUCUCACAAGAUAAUAUUAUUCAAAGUCAACUUUCUAACAAUGCUCAGCCUAUAGUUAAUAUGCAACCAGCAAAUAUUCAACCAAAAGUUGACCAAGCAAUUGUUAAUCAGCAACCUAAUAUAAACCCAAAUGUCGCACAAUUAGUUGCUAACAAUAUUUUGUCAUCAAAUUCACAAGUGCUAGGUAACAUCAAACAAAUUAAUCCAGCACAAAAUAAUGAAGGGAAAAAUAAUGAGGGGCAUAACGUUAUCAAGGAACAUUCUCACUCUCCCGACGAACCACAAUCGUAUCAAAGAGGCGAAGAUGCGCAAAAGAAUUCUGAAUUAGUUCGUAUUAAUAAUGCUAAUGAAAAACUUGCACUGCCCAUACAAGAUAAUCCUCAAGACAAUGUUCUUAAAAAUGCACCAUUGCCCAUACAAAAGAAUUCCCAAGAUAAUGUUAUUCAGAAUCCACCAUUGUCGGUACAAGAGACAUCUCAACAAAAGACCAUUGAAAAUGUACCAUUGCCAAUACAAGAAAAUCUUCAAUACGUUAUUAAAAAUGCCCCAUUGCCCAUACAAGACAAAUUUCAUAAUCCAGUGAAACAGAACGCUAAUGCAAAUCCUAAAGCACCUAUCCAAUCCAUUGACAGCGCUAUAAAUAACAACGUGAAAUCUAAUAUAGAUCCAGUCCUUAUUAGACAGAAGAGAGAAGUAGUAGAUUGCACAGAAAAAUCUGCUUUGAAACCAGGUGACAAAGAAAUUUGUGAGAAUCUUGUAGAUGUGCCACAAUCGAAAAGUUCCAAUGAAAAUUUUCUUCCGAAAGUAGAUAUCAAUGAUCUUGGACUACCCAAAAGUUUACCGCUAGACGCAAAUUUAAUUCAUCACGUUGGCAGAUCGUUAAAAAGUUACGAUAUAAAAGACAAAGAAAGGUAGAAAGCAUUUUAUAAACACAUGGUUGGUAGAGUUUCGAUUGAAUAAGAUAUGGUAAUUUUGCAUUUGUUGCGUAACAUUUAUAGAAGCGCAUUUACCUAGUGAUUGUUACAUUGUUCUAGAAAUUGUUUACAUUAAACUGGAACUUAUACCACCUCAUUAUGAAAUAAAUAUCAAGGGUCUAUAAAAGCUAUUAGUUGUAAUGUUGUAUUUACCUUUCGAGCUAUAUUAUUUUAUGUAUUAUAUGUGAGAAAACAUAUAAUACAUAAAAUUAUUGAAGUGACCACAUAAUAUAGAAAUGAAUUUGUAUAUGUUAUAUGAUUCCAGUUAUGUUAGAACUAAGACGUUUAGUAUUUUUGUUAUAAUAUAACAUUGUGAUCUCAUGUGCAUUGUUAAUGUUUAAACUUUUUAAAAACGUUGUAUAUUAAUAUGAUACGAAUAAUCGCGAGGAACUAUGUUGUAAAACAAUAAGAUAAUAAUGAGUGAUUAAAUUCGACUGACUAAAUUCUAUUAAAAUAAAAGUAUUUUAAUUACCAA